GAGAGGCGGGGGGGGGUUCAACGAGAGCUAGCGUCGCUGUUUGCUAACCGGGAAUAAGCACGGGAAUGGUGCUCUGGAUCGACUCACUGCACCGAGAGAGAAAGGCGAGGGGCACCCGGGUCAGACCACCGAGCUGUGAUAUUUGGACUGAAACUAUUUUUAACAGAGGGAGCGGCUCUCCGGCGGACGAGGGUUGGUGUGGCUGUGCGAGCUAGCUGGCUAGCUGACCGAGGGGAGACGACCCCCACCGCCUGCUCAGGUCCUUCAAAACUGCAGCCAGAGCUAAUGUUAGCCAGGGCACAGUGAAUACACAGCUCUAGGCUUUAAAAAGAGAAUAAUUACAGUCAGAGCCAAGAAGAAAAGAGCUCUCUAAUCACAAGGAGAGAAUAACUUGAGCUAGUUGAAUCGAAACCACAGCUCAAAGGGUUUCUCGGACUCUUUUUUUUGUUUUACAUUUUUAGCAAACAGUUUAUGAAUGCUGUUAGCAAAGUUUGCAACGUGACUCUAGUUUGAAUCUUUUUGUUUGACGCUUUUAUUUUAUUUUUUUUUAAAUUUUUAUUCGGGGGUUUUUCCACUUCGGAUGCUGGCAUCACAUUUUAAUUGCAAUCAUGAUGAUAAUAAGCAGAAAACCAGAGGGCCCAAUAGCAACAGCACGGCAUGGCGAUGGUCUGUAUGACUCGUACAUGAGGACAGACCACAUCCUUAAAGACGAAGCCGAUACAAAAAGUCCGUCUGGGCUGCCCCCCAUGCCCAAACACACAGUUGUCAGUAACAAGACUGUAAUGAGGGAUCAGGUAACUGUGCGAGGUGGCCAGCUGAAGGUCAAGUACCUGUACGAAGACUCUGCCAACAACCGAAAGAUCAAUGCCAUAACCACACCAACCACUCAGAACAGUGGGACCACUGGUCAGACGCCCAGUAAACCUGCCCCGGUCUCCAGCUUAUCCAAGGAGCGCAGUGUAGACAGCACUGAAUCCAGUAAGGGCUCCAGUGAAUCCUCAGGCCCACACGGAGUUGGGAAUGGAGGGAACAGUGGGAAGCUGUGUGGCCCUCUCACCCCUGACCAGGCUCUGAGACUAUAUCGAUCUCAGCUGACCACCCUGGAGCAGACCGAGAUCCACUCCUACCCAGACAUCUACUUUGUGGGACCCAACGCUAAGAAGAGGCCUGCUGUUGCUGGAGGCAACAACAACUGUGGCUACGAUGACGAGCAGGGAGGAUACAUUCAUGCCCCCCAUGACCACCUGGCCUACCGCUACGAGUUCCUCAAGAUUAUUGGUAAAGGUAGCUUUGGCCAGGUGGCGAAGGUUUACGACCACAAACUGCAGCAGCAUCUGGCUCUGAAAAUGGUGCGCAACGAGAAGCGCUUUCACCGGCAGGCGCAGGAGGAGAUCCGCAUCCUGGAGCACCUGCGCAAGCAGGAUCGCAAUGGCACCAUGAAUGUCGUGCACAUGCUUGAAAACUUCACUUUCCGCAACCACAUCUGCAUGACCUUUGAGCUGCUGAGCAUGAACUUGUAUGAGCUUAUCAAGCGCAACAAGUUCCAGGGCUUCAGCCUGCCACUGGUCAGAAAGUUUGCACACUCCAUCCUGCAGUGCCUGGAGGCCCUGAACAGGCAUAGAAUCAUCCACUGUGACCUCAAGCCAGAGAACAUCCUGCUCAAACAACAGGGACGCAGCGGCAUCAAGGUGAUUGACUUUGGCUCCAGCUGUUUUGAACACCAGCGAGUGUACACCUACAUCCAGUCUCGUUUCUAUCGAGCUCCAGAGGUGAUCCUCGGUUCACGCUACGGCCUUCCUAUUGACAUGUGGAGCUUCGGCUGCAUCUUGGCUGAGCUGCUGACUGGCUACCCACUAUUCCCUGGCGAGGACGAGGGCGACCAGCUGGCCUGUGUCAUGGAGCUCCUGGGCAUGCCUCCGCAGAAGGUCCUGGAGCAGGCCAAAAGGGCAAAGAACUUCAUCAACUCCAAGGGCCACCCUCGCUACUGCGGAGCCAACACCCUGCCCACAGGGGCCACUGUACUGACGGGGUCUCGCUCCCGCCGUGGCAAGAUGAGAGGUCCUCCAGGUAGCAAGGAGUGGAGCGCUGCGCUCAAGGGCUGCGAGGACCCCACCUUUACUGACUUCAUAAAGAAGUGUUUGGACUGGGAUCCCUCGUCUCGUCUCACCCCUAGCCUGGCCCUCAGACACCCUUGGCUGUAUCGGCGCCUACCCAAGCCCCUACCUGGGACUGAUAAGAGCCAAGGGGCGACGGUGAAACGGCUCCCCGAGCACCACAGCACCUCCUUCCCCUCUAUCCUGGCCAAAGGGGGGCCUGGCUUAGGCACCACAGCUGCCAACAACAAACUGAGGAGCAACAUGAUGGGAGACUCUGGGGAGGCCAUACCGCUUCGCACGGUCCUACCCAAAUUAGUCUCUUAGAGAGAGAGAGUCCGAUAUCUCCUCUCUCCUUCCACUUCUUCUUCCUCUGAACUCCUCGGGAGGAGUCACAGUGCAGGAGAAAGUGGAGCCUAGGUUUUAAAACUUGUUUGGUUGUUCUUUUAUUUGUUUUCUACUGAGAGGUGUCGACACCCCAGUUCCUGGUUUUUAAUAUUAGCUGAACAGAGAGAGAGAGAGACAAUAAAAGAAACACUCUAAAAAAAAGUUUUUAUACAGAGGAUUUCCUUGAGCGGCUGUGGAAUUUCUAUAUACCGCCAUUGAUGAGGUUUGAUUUAGAUAAUGCUUUUUAAAAA